AUGGCCUCCGCCGACGACACCUACGAGCUCAUCACCCGCAGGCUCCACGAGGUCCUGGGCGGCGACAUCAUCAAGGCCAUCCUCGCUGAAGGACGGACCCCGAAGCUCUACUGGGGCACCGCCCCCACCGGCCGUCCGCAUAUCGGCUACUUCGUCCCACUCACCAAGGUCGCCGACUUCCUCCGCGCCGGCGUCGAGGUCACCAUCCUGCUUGCCGACCUCCAUGCGUUCCUCGACAACCUCAAGGCGCCCCUCGACCUCGUCAGCUCCCGCACGGCCUACUACAAAAAGAUCCUCAUCGCCGUCUUCACCUCGCUCGGCGUUCCCAUCUCCAAGCUCCGCUUCGUCGAGGGCAUGUCCUACCAGCUCACGCGCGAGUACAACCUCGACGUCUACAAGCUCUCCUCCGUCGUCACCGAGCACGACGCGAAGAAGGCCGGCGCUGAGGUCGUCAAGCAGGUCGAGAGCCCGCUGCUGAGCGGGCUGCUCUACCCUGGACUGCAGGCGCUGGACGAGCAGUACCUUGGCUGCGACAUGCAGUUCGGCGGUGUGGAUCAGCGCAAAAUCUUCACCUUCGCGGAACUCUACCUCCCGCGCCUCGGCUACGCCAAGCGCGCCCACCUCAUGAACCCGAUGGUCCCGGGGCUCGCCGGCGGCAAGAUGUCCUCGUCGGACCCAAACUCGAAGAUCGACUUCCUCGACCCGCCCGAGGCGGUCCGGCGGAAGAUCAAGAGCGCGUUCUGCGAGGAGGGCAACGUCGCGGAGAACGGCGUGCUCGCGUUCGUCGACGCGGUCCUCAUCCCCGUCUCGCAGCUGCGGAUCGACAACGCCAAGGAGGCGCAGGCGGGCGCGGACGCGGACGCGGGGGCGAUGCCGAAGCCGUUCGCGGGCGAGGGCGCGCCGGAGGGGACGCUGUUCUCGAUCGUGCGCAAGCCGGAGCACGGGGGCACGCUGCACUACGACGGGUACGAGCGGCUGAAGGCGGACUACGCGGAGAAGAAGGUGCACCCGGGGGAUCUGAAGGCGGCGGUCGCGGACGCGAUCGUGAACUUGCUGGAGCCGGUCCGGAAGGCGUUCGAGGCGGACGAGGAGUGGAAGGCGGUGGAGAAGCUGGCGUACCCGGACCCGAACGCGAAGCCGGAGAAGAAGAAGAAGAAGGAAAAGGUCUACCACCCGCCCCCACCCGGGAAAGGCAAGAACGCGAAGCCGCAGGAAGCCGCGGAGCCUAUAGAAAAGGGGAAGGCGCACUCGGCAGCGGAGGCUGCGAAGCAACAAGAGGCCACGCCGUGA